AUGGACAACAAUAUGGAAAUCGAUACUGCGCGGUCACCCGAGCCGCAUCACCUCUCGCCCACAAGCGACCCCGGCUCCAUACCCACCUUGGAUGGCUGGAUCGAGAGUUUGAUGACGUGCAAGCAAUUAGCGGAGGAGGACGUGCGGCGACUUUGCGAUCGGGCACGAGAGGUAUUGCAAGAGGAAUCGAAUGUUCAGCCAGUGAAAUGCCCGGUGACGGUUUGCGGUGAUAUACACGGCCAGUUUCACGAUCUAAUGGAGCUCUUCCGCAUCGGCGGCCCUAACCCUGAUACAAACUAUCUCUUCAUGGGUGACUAUGUCGAUCGAGGCUACUACUCCGUCGAGACCGUGACCCUUUUGGUCUGUUUGAAGAUUCGUUACCCCCAGCGUAUUACCAUCCUUCGUGGCAACCACGAAUCCCGCCAGAUCACCCAAGUGUACGGCUUUUACGACGAGUGUCUGCGCAAAUACGGCAACGCCAAUGUGUGGAAAUACUUCACCGACCUCUUCGACUACCUCCCUCUCACUGCUCUCAUUGAAAAUCAGAUCUUCUGUCUGCACGGUGGGCUGAGCCCGUCCAUCGAUACCCUCGACAACAUCCGAUCCCUGGACCGCAUUCAAGAAGUCCCGCACGAGGCGUUCAACCACAACAACGGCUUGACUCUGGUUGCUCGGGCGCACCAGCUGGUGAUGGAGGGAUAUAACUGGUCACAGGACCGUAACGUGGUGACCAUCUUCUCAGCGCCUAAUUACUGUUAUCGCUGCGGCAACCAGGCCGCCAUUAUGGAGAUUGACGAGCAUUUGAAGUACACAUUUCUACAAUUUGACCCUUGCCCCAGAGCAGGAGAACCUAUGGUAUCGAGGCGCACACCCGACUACUUCCUGUGA